AUGCUGCAACAAAUUUUGCAUGAUAUGUACAUUGACCCUGAGCUCCUGGCAGAACUGAAUGAAGAGCAGAAGCACAUCCUGUUCUACAAAAUGAGGGAAGAGCAGCUAAGGCGUUGGAGGGAAAGGGAGGAAAAAGAACAAAGAGAGGAAGCUGCGCUGAAAAGGACAGCGAGAUUCAAGCAAAGUAAUGACAGACGUGUGCAGUGGCUGCAUGGGAGUGAUGGUGAGAUCUGGGUCUGGAUUAUGGGAGACUCCCCAGGUGACAAGCCAUAUGAACAGAUUUCUGAGGAACUAAUGGCAGAACGAGCCAGGCAACAAGCACAGACGGAGGCAGAAGAACUAUGGAAGCAAAAAGAGGCUGAAAUUACAAAGAAAUUCCGGGAUGCUAUGGCUAAGGAGAAAGCCAAAAUAGUGGCAGAAAAAUGGAAAAUAGAAACAGAAGAUCGAAAAGCAGCCAAACUGAUGGAGGAAAAAAUUCAGGAGGAAUUAAAGAAAAGAGAGGAAGAAGAGAGGCAGAGAGGUGAAGAACAGAUACGACAGCAGGAGGAACUUAGAGCAAAAGAGUUGUACUUGAGCCUCAAGCAAGCUCAACAGCACAGCCAACACAAUGAACAUGAGGACCAGGAGUGGAAAGAACAGUUGCGCCGCUCAAAGGCUGCAGAUGAGGAAAGGAGCCACAAAGCACGCAGGGCCCGGGAUGAAUAUCGACGGCAAUCCUUACGAGCCAUCCAGAAAGGAAAAGUGGCUGGCUUGAGUAACCUGUUCAAGGGGACCAGCCUGAAUAAUGAGCCAGAGAUAAAGCUGAACAGCAACAGUCCUAGCCCACUAAUGACGCUCACUACACCAGCCAGGAAAGCUUGGGAGCGUCCUUCUAGACCCAUUUCCAGAGAAAUCCUCAUUCGCUGGUUCAAGGAAGAGCAGCUUCCACGACGUGCUGGGUUUGAGAGGAACACCCAUGCUGUAGCGCCCUGGUUUCAUGGUAUUAUUAGCCGCCAGGAGGCAGAAGAGCUGCUAAUGAACAAGUCUGAAGGAGCAUUCCUGGUGCGGGUCAGUGAGAAAAUCUGGGGCUAUGCCUUGUCUUAUCGCCAACAGAGCGGGUUCAAACACUUUUUGGUGGAUGCUUCGGGGGAUUUCUACAGCUUCUUGGGCGUGGAUCCCAACCGGCAUGCGACACUCACGGAUCUUAUUGAUUUUCACAAGGAAGAAAUUAUCACAUCCUCAGGUGGGGAGUUACUACUGGAACCAUGUGGACAGAGGAAGAAUCCACCUGACUACAGUUCCUUAUUUGAAUGACUGUUUUCUGUCUUUAGGACUAGAAUGAAAACCCUAU